AACCUAUGUGUGCUGUUACCUCGACCAAUCGGAUGGCACGCAUGUAGGGUGGUUGGCAAAAGAAUGUUGAGUACAGAUUAUUAUUAUAACUUUCUCAAAAAAUGGGUGACGACGAAUUAAAAAAACUGAAAAAGUUUGAAUACCACUGACUUAAGUUUGCAUCGAAAUUUCACCUGAAGUUGUACCAACCCUGACUGAGAAUUUGACUGAAGCCCAAAGCGGUUAAACCCAAAGCAAACGAAGAUGGCACCAGAAUUAAACUUGUCUCCACCAACCAAAUUUCUGCUGGUACCCGGUGAGCCGCAGGAGCCUUGGAAUGACUGGAUAGAAUAUUUUGAGUUGUACGUAAGAGGCUCGCCAGAGGAAGAGAAGAUAGCACUGUUAAACAUUUACCUUGGGAAGGAGGGACUGCGCAUCUUAAAUACUUUGACAACGAUUGAAACAUAUGCAGCAAUGAUUGAUGCCCUCAAUGCUUACUUCAGCAAUGCUCAGGAGCCUCAGGACUGUCAGGAGCCUCAGGACUGUCAGGAGCCUCAGGACUGUCAGGAGCCUCAGGACUGUCAGGAGCCUCAGGACUGUCAGGAGCCUCAGGACUGUCAGGAGCCUCAAGACUGUCAGGAGCCUCAGGACUGUCAGGAGCCUCAGGACUCGGAUGAUUCACAAAUAAUCAAACAGAACAGAAAAAGGAUGAUCAUUACAGGAGCAGCAGCAACAAUGGGUGCAGCUGCAGCAGUGGUGGGGGCACCAGUAGCCCUGGGAGUGGCAGGUUUGACUACUGUUGGGGUUGCUGCUGGAGCAACUGCAGGGGGCGCCGCAAUAGGAACGGGUACAAUUGCUGCAGCAGCAACAGCAACAGUGGGAGCAGUUGCGGCAGUGGCAAUGGCACCAGUUGUCCUAGGAGCGAUAGGAUUCACUACUGGUGGGAUUGCUGCUGGAUCAUAUGCAGCAAGCAUGAUGUCUGCAGCGGCCGCGGUAAAUGGAGGUGGGGUAGCAGCAGGGGGUCUUGUUGCUGCUCUACAGACGGCAGUGACAGAUGUGUAUGUGGUCAACCUAGGUGCUGCAGGGCUUUCAGGAGCGGCUACAGCGGCGGUGGGAGGUGCUGGAGCUGCGAUUAGUGGAGCCUUGGGAUGGGUGGCCGCAGGAGCAGGGUUCUCAGGAGCGGCAGCAGCUACUACAGCAGCUACGGCAGGUGCUGCAGGGCUCUCUGCAACGGCUACAGCAGCCGCGGGAGGUGUUGGAGCAGCAGUUGGGGGAACAGCAGCAUGGCUGGCCUCAAAGCCAAGGACACCUGAAAAGGAGGAAGUAAAAGACACAGAAGCAACUACAGCAGCUGCUGCAGGAGGUGCUGCAGGGUUUUCAGGAGAGUCUACAGAGGCUGUGGGAGGUGUUAGAGCAGCAGUUGUUGGAGCGUCUGAAGGGGAGGGAGGAGUCGAGGAGAGAGACCUUUCAGGAACAACUACAGCAGCUGCAGAAGGUGCUGCAGGGCUUUCAGGAGAGGCUACAGAGGCUGUGGGAGGUGUUAGAGCAGCAGUUGGUGGAGCGGCGGGAUGGCUGUUCUCAAGAAUCAGGACGUCUAAAAAGGAGGGAGGAGAUUAAAGAGGGAAGAGAGGAUGAGAAGAGGGCCUUUAAAAAAAAUGUAUUGAUACUGCAACAUUCAUGAAAGUGUUUUGAAUGAUUUCAUAAUGGUGUUAUGAGUGCAUGUGUAUACCCCCUUUGGUGUUGCCAAACAUACAUAUAUAUCCACUCAACAUGUGGUUAGAGUGUUGGGCCAGUAACCGAGCGGUUGCUGGAUCGAAUCCCCAAGCUGACAAGGUAAAAAGAAGUUGUUCUGCCCGUGAGCAAGGUAGUUAACCCAGUUCCCCGGGCGCCGAAGACAUGGAUGUUGAUUUAGGCAGCCCCCCUGCACCUCUCUGAUUCAGAGGGGUUGGGUUAAAAGCGGAAGACACAUUUCAGUUGAAGGUAUUCAGUUGUACAACCUACUAGGCUGUCACGCCCUGGGGCCUGUUGCACAAAACUAGGAUAAGGGAUUAAGCCAGGAUAUCUUGGUGAUCUUGGCUCAAUUGAUCCGUAAUCCGGUUGCACUAAAGAUGGAUAGGGGGCAGGAGGAUAUGUUAUGGUAUAAAUUACCAUGGAGAUUUAUUCUGUGGAGCUAGCCUGCUCCAGACCAGGCUAAAUUCCAGGAUCUAUUUAAUCUCAUCCCUAAUGUCAGUCAGCAGUCACCACAAAUGGAAACCAAUAGUUAUUUCACUGCUCACUAUACAUUGUUAUCACAUAUAACUAGACCCACUGUUAUUAAACGUUUGUGAUCAUUAAUUUCAAUGAUUUUGGAUAAAAAAUGAUUUUUAGAUGA